AUAAAGUUUCUCCAAGCGAAGCACAGGGAGAGAGAGAGAGAGAGGGAGGUAGCCAUGUCUAUCGCCUACUGUGUGAAGGAGCAGAAACCUUGUGUUCUUUGGAUUGAGAAAUACUUCAAGGAUUGCCUUUGCAAUCUAAAAGAUGAAUUCUCUUUUGGUUUUGGGCUCAUUAGUCUAGUUUGUUGGGGAGUUGCAGAGAUCCCACAAAUCAUCACCAACUUUCGCACCAAGUCCAGCCAUGGAGUCUCCCUUCUUUUUCUCAUCACUUGGGUUUUUGGAGAUGCUUUUAAUCUUGUGGGCUGCCUGCUGGAACCAGCAACGUUGCCCACUCAGUUCUACACUGCCCUGCUCUAUGCCACAGGCACAGUAGUCUUAGCAUUGCAGGGUUUCUACUAUGAUCAUUUCUGCAGGUGGUGGAAAUGCCAGAAAGUGGAUGCUGGCCAACGGGUUGAGGAUGAUGACAAAAAACCAUUGAAACCACCCAAGUUAGCUGAUUCAGGCAUUCCCAUACCCAAUGCCUCACCUGGAGCAACUCCUCGUAGGGAGUACUACUACACUUCAGCUAGAUCUAUGGCAAGCAGUGGUACUCCACCAUUUCGAAGUUACCUUAAAGCUCCCAGAAGUGGUCCUUCAGCUACAGGACUUGAUAAUGAGUCAUCCUCAGAUGAUGAAGCAACCCCUGUUUCAGCUAAUCCUUUUAGCCCGCCUAGGCCAAUUUCACGAUCAGCUGGUUAUGGAACAUUUCUAGCUACAUCUCUCAACCUGUCCUUACAAAGCAAGGCUUUGAGAGAGACCUCUACUAGUUUUACCAGUAGUCGACUUUCACAUGAAGGCAGUGGAACGGAGCACAGUGCUUUCGGACAAUGGCUGGGAUGGCUUAUGGCAGCUAUAUAUAUGAGUGGCAGAAUCCCCCAAAUCUGGUUAAAUAUUAAAAGAGGUAGUGUUGAGGGUUUAAAUCCUCUCAUGUUCAUCUUUGCAAUCGUGGCCAAUCUCACUUAUGUGUUAAGUAUUCUUGUUAGAACUACUGAAUGGGAUAGGAUCAAAGCUAACAUGCCAUGGUUGCUAGAUGCUGCAGCCUGUGUGGCUCUCGACUUAUUUAUCGUAUCGCAGUAUAUCUACUACAGAUCAUCCAUCAAGAAAGGAGGAGGCAUGAGGAAGAUUAUGGAGUGUGUAGAUGCAAAGAAGACUUUAUCUUGAUCCCACUUUGUAUAUUAACGUAACUUGCAGAUUCAUUUUUCCCAUUGAAACCUCAACUGGAGAUCCUCUUUUCAGUUUUUGAACUAGCAAUGCUUAUCUAUUUAAGGAAUUGCAUAUGUUAAUUAACCAGCAAGGCAAAAUCUUGUGU